CAACGUCAUCGGCUCAUCGACUGGAAUCAGGACAUUUAGAACUCGUGCUUGGUUCCUCACUGGGGAGAGAUCUCUCUGACUCUUAUGAUCGAAAAAGCUUUAUCGUGUCGUAGCGAUUCAUCUGUCAGUGCGCGUUAUUCAGUCGAGCCAAACUUCUUCUCGGGAUCGAUCGAUGAGACAACAAAUCGGUCAAAAAUUUCAGUGAACCAAAUUGUCAAAAACUUUUCCUUCAUUGUGCAAACAGAGAAAGAGCCAUGGAUCAAUCAUUGACGGAAACGAGUGUGCCCCGUUUGACCCUAGAAAUAGUUCGAGAUAUUAUUGCGAAGGACGAACCCGACGUGGUCAUAGAUAAUAUCGAGGAAGAGCCUGGCAGCGCAAGAGGUGACAAUUAUACCUCAAUGCUCUAUCGUAUUCGUGCAAAGGGUACAAAAUCCUCCGCUUUUGGUCAAAAUCGAGCCUGGGAAUGUGCGAUUAUUUAUAAAGUUUUGCCACUUUCCCAAGAACAUCGCGAUACUUACAAGAGCGAAGUACUAUUUCGUAAUGAAGUGGCUUUUUAUACUCACGUUUGGCCAACGCUCAAUCAACUUCAACGUAAUGUGAAUAAAGUUUUCGCGGGUGUACCCAAAAUUUAUCUCGCUCGAUCCGAUCUUAUUGCGAUGGAGGAUCUCAAAGAAAAAGGCUACGUUAUGGCUGAUCGACAAAAAGGCUUACAAGUGCAUCAUCUCAAACUUGUCCUUGAGGCCCUCGCCGGUUUCCAUGCCCUCAGCUUGACCCUCAGAAAUACGAGGCCGGAUUUAUUCGAUCACUUGUCAAACGAGAAAAACGAGGGAAGCGUGCGAGAGGCAAUGUUUCGUAUUGAGAACGAAGGCUGGUAUCGACAAUACUAUCGCGACGUAGCAAGAAACGCCAUAUCUAUGGUGUCUGAAACAUUGCCCAGUACGUACGAGCACAAACGUGAUGAAAUAAUGAAAAAGUUACGAGAUUUUUUUCACGAGGAUGUAUUCUUUCCUACAAUGUGUGAAUUGGCAUCGACGAGAAGCGAAUUGACGGUGUUCUGUCACGGUGAUUGUUGGACCAAUAAUAUACUAUUUGCCGAAAAAAACGCUUCGAACAUUGAAGCCGUUUGUCUCGUUGACUUUCAACUGUCACGUGUCGGUUCGUUAGCCCUCGACUUGUCGAAUCUCUUGUACUGUUGUACAAGUGGUGCAAUAAGGCAGGCCCACAUGACCGAAUUAUUGGGACACUACCAUGGUCAUCUUAUGGACGCAUUACAAACUCUCACGCCUAAUAAACAGCCUGCGACAGAUUCAGGCCAUAUGUGGCAAUUAUUAAAUGAGGAGAUGAGAAGAUGCGGUCGUUUCGGAGUUGGUUUGGCGAUUGAUACAUUGCCUAUGACGACAUGCGCAAGCAACGAGGCUCCGGAUCUUUACGAGGAUGUUUUGAUGGACGAUCAUGGAGAAAAAGCACGAAACCCACGAGCUCCACCGCCCGGAGGUGCGGCAUGUGCCCGACUAAUGACAGAUCUUGUCCUCGAGUUUAUUCAAAACGGUGCUCUGUAGUUUUGGAACUAUAUUUGCGUCUUUCUCCCUCUGUAUUAUCGCCAAAACGAAAUAUUUGUCACUUAUAUAAAAUAUAUGAGUUUGAAUAACCGAUCA